CGCGCUGAGUUUUAAUGAGAGUCUACCUGCUGUGUGGUUAUUCUAUACAGAGAUGACUGUGGUAGUGCUUUAUGGGAAUAUCUGCCUUGCUUAUGAAUAUUACAACUAGGAUUCACACAGGAGCGUGUGCAGUUUGUGUGGUGGGGUGGAGAGGAGGGCACAUUAGAUAAACUCAAGAUCAUUUUCCUGGGUGGCCUGAGUGCUUCAUUGUCCCGGUGAAGUGACUAUCCAGUAGGAAAAUCAGUUAUAUUUAUCAUUACAGAUAUUAAGAUGAGCGCCGACACGUUGGAACAGUCGGAGGCUUCAGCGGAACAGGCAGAGCAAAACGGAAUCGACUUCAAUCGACAGAUAAAGACAGAGAACAUCAACGACUCACCUCACUUAGCCUCCACUCUGAAGACAUGUCACCUGACACAGGGCUCUCCGCUGCCAGGGGGUCAGAUGCAUGGGGAGCUCGCCUCCUUCCACACCAUGCAGCAGCUGGUUCUGAUGCCGCAGUCUCACCUGCCGUCUCACCUGCCGUCUCCCUCCUCUUUCCUCCUCUCACAGAGCCCCAACGGCCACCAAGCUGUUCUGCAGCAGAACCUGCUGUCCCUCCCCAGCCACAGUCAGGCCAGUCUUCUUCAACAUCAACCUGGACUGGCUCUUACUCCACAGGCUAUGAGUCGCUCUGGUCUGGCAGGAGCAUCUAUGGAGAACCACAUGGACAUGUCGCACCUGCAGAUGCCCAAACACAUGUCAGUGCCACCACAGGAAGAACCCAGUGACCUGGAGGAACUGGAACAGUUUGCGAAGGCAUUCAAACAAAGACGCAUCAAACUGGGCUUCACUCAGGGAGAUGUGGGCCUUGCCAUGGGAAAACUGUACGGGAAUGAUUUCAGCCAGACCACAAUAUCUCGCUUCGAGGCUCUCAACCUGAGCUUCAAAAACAUGUGCAAGCUCAAGCCUCUGCUGGAGAAAUGGCUGUGUGACGCAGAGAACUCACCCGCUGACUCGAAGAGUAAUCCCACCUCUCUGCCACCACUGAUUGAGGGCUACGGUCGCAAACGGAAAAAGAGGACAAGCAUUGAAACGAACAUCAAGCUGACUCUGGAGAAACGUUUCCAUGACAACCCUAAGCCCAACUCUGAGGAGAUCACCCUGAUCUCCGAGCAGCUGUCCAUGGAGAAAGAGGUGGUUCGAGUGUGGUUCUGUAAUCGGCGUCAGAAGGAGAAGAGGAUCUACUGCCCGGUGGCCAGUUUACCUGUCAAAUCACACAGCUACAACUCCAGAAUGGUAUCGGCAGCCAGGUCCUACAGCCCACUGACGUCAGGCGGAGUUUCAUCAAAUUCAUCUCCGAACAGUGUGAGCCGUGAAGCUUCCCCCAACAGCCUGUCCGUGGUCUCAGCAUCUUUAACAUCUCAGGCCAACGCAGCUUCCUACAGCACACCAGGCUCCUGGUACCGCACUUGGAAUCCUGCUGCAUAUCAUCACUGUUAAACACGAACAGUUUCAUGUGAAUUUUUUCAAGAUUGUUUUGUUUGUUUGUUUGGUUGUUUUUUUGUUGUACACCGAAGAUGUGACGAAGUAACACAAUAUCCCUGUUAUAAACGGGGUUACGACUUCAGGCUUAAACCGUAGACGGACCUAUUGAGGCAAAGCAGCGCAAGCAGAGAAGUGCAACACGUCUGUCAACACUGGAGCUCAAAAUCAUGCCAAUGACCUCGAGCUGUUUGAUUUGUGUCCAUGUGACUCUUUACUUAGAUCCGCCGCAAAGAUGAAGAAAAGACCAAAAAAAACCAAAACACAUAAUGACAUUUUUAUGUAAACACAUGGGAAUUCUCCCGUUCGGGCCUGUAUACCUGCUUAUGGCUAAAAAUGUUCAAGUCAAGACUCAAUUAAUCAGUUUGAAUGUAGAAGGAUUCGGGUCCAGAUUCACAGAGAUAACGUGCCAAUAUCUUUCUUACGCCGUUGUUGCUGUUAGGAUGUGUUUUUCUAUGUUCAUAAUGAAGUUUGUGUUCAUGAAUUCGAUGCAAUCCUAUCCAGCGAACUGCAAGCCUGUCUAAAUAUAUAUGCAGUCAACACAAAGGGAUUUCAUAGAUUUUCAAACUGUUCGAGAAUGGUGUGAAAGAAAAAGUUUUAACAACCUUCAA